AUGUCUGGCUUCACCUGGAAGAAGCGGUCGGCUCAGAGCGUGGCCAAACGACCUCGCCUCGCGCCGUUCUCGGUGCCGGACUCCGACUCGGACAGGCGGCAGGCGCUGCGCGAACAGGGCGUCGCGCUGGCCGAGCUGGACCGCUUCUGGGAGGCGCUGCGCCUCUGGACGAAGCGCUGCGCUGGCCAGACGCUCGGCCGCGCACUGCUCGGACUCGGUGAGCUGGGCCUGGCGCGUCGCGCCUUCUCUGUGGCCAUGCGGCUGCAGCCGGAUACGGAGCUGUGGCGCGAGGACCUGCUUUGGAGCUGCCGGCUGCUGGAGCGCGCGCGCCGCCGCCGCGCUCAGGGCGGCGAGAUGAGCGACGCUGGCGGCGUGGUGUCACCGGCACAGACCGAUGAGGUGCGCGCCCUUGCUUGGACUUGA